AUCUGAGCCAUUUUGGCACAAUUGUGGAUUUAUUGGUGAAACUACAUGCUUAUGGCAAAACAGCCAUAAAAAGAGUUGUAGCUUAUUUGAAGUCACCUCCGACAUUACCGUGACCUUCAGCCUUCAGAGAGAGAUGCACGAUUGUGUUUUUUCGAAGAUUUCCCACUAUUCUCCAGUGUAUAAAUAAAGCAGCUUAACGCUCAGUCACUUCAGUUGUUAGACGAGGCAACAUCAGGCAACACUGGUUUCGAUGAUGUCGGUCUACUCUCUCCUGUUUGCUAUAAUACUGUUCUCUGAGAUGAACAGCCACUUGGGCACGGUGGCCAUGCCUUCAACUCCAGCAGAAGAUGGUGGCACAGAACAAGAAAGUUUGGGCUCAAUUCUGACUGAAGAGGACAUGACUGAGGGUGCCGUGGUUCCUCUAAUGUACAGACGUAGCCUCUUGAACGACGGGACAUCCAGAGUCAUUGUCAUACCGGAAUUGAAGCUGAAGGGGCACAGCAUUCGUGGGCUGAACUUGGGCUUGAGCCAAGGCUAUCCUCUGAUCACAGAACGAAGCUUGGACCACGCAGCUGAUGAGUUCAGCUUGAAAACAAAUAAAAGGCAAAAAGACCUUGACAUGCUGCGAUGUAUGAUUGGAAGAGUAUAUCGACCCUGUUGGGAAGCUUGAGUGUCCUACGAAAGUUCCCUUCCCAUCUACUAUAUUACAAAUAAAAUGUGCCCUUGGUCAAA